AUGGCGGCCGCUGCCAAGUUUUUGGCUCGGGGGACCAUUACCUGCUGCCCAAUUGGGGCGCCGUCUGGAAAUUGCAGGGCCCCAAGUGGUGUGCGCUCUGGGCUCCCCCCGGCUCCCCUUCCAGGGUUCAGUUACAGAGCAAGCCGCAGUCAGCCACCAUUUUUUGGAAGCAAAGUAGUGCUUUUUCAGCAGUGCAACAGCAGCUUGUCUGGUUUGAGUCUGUUUGGAGAGCGAUCAAAGACAGGCAACAACAGGACAUUUCCCGUCCGUCGAUCAGCCAGACGCAGUGCUGUAGCCACUGCCGGUCGGUCUGAGCCGUAUCCGCACUUCACUGACGAGCCAUCGUCCUUCUUGCCCGCCCUCUUCGAUGGCGAUCUCAGGGCCUGGCUCCCGGCGGGCUUUACGCCGGAGGACGAAGAAGUUGGUGAAGAGGCGCAGCCCGCCAAUGGUCCUGUCAAAGUCUCUGGUGAAGAUGGGGCAAAGGCGAGGGGCGACAGCGGGGAUGUUGCCAGCAUUCCAACAGGAGGCCUCGAUGAGCGGCGGCUGCCGUCGCAGAUUGUUAUCCCGGCUGGUGCUGGUGGGCCUGUCCCGGUGGUGGUGCAGCUGAGCGAGGACACGCUGGAGCUAUUGAACCGCACGCAGGCCCCGCCGCGGCAGUCCGUGUUCAUGUACCUGGCGACUGUCCUGACCAAGGGCGCGUCGUCGGUGCUCCUGCUGGGGGGCUCUGCGAUCAUCUCGGUGGCGGUGUCGCUGAUGGUGCUGGAGCGCGCGGGCGUGCUCAAGCCGCUGUCGGCCGGCAUACAGGGGCCCGCAGCCACGCAGGCCGGCGGCAUGCCCAAGGUGGUCAUCAGGAAGACGGUCGUCAGGGCCCCCUCCGAUCGCGAGGAAGUGCGGGAGGAUGAGGUGGACUCAAAGACGCGGCCCAUUUCAGUGACGCAGCUUCCAGAUGGCUGGACGCAGGAGCGCUUCGGCAAGAUGGGCAAAGACGUGCGAGCUGCAGACAAGUACUGGAAUCGGCUUCGCACCAAGUGGUGGAAGAUGCCCGCAGAAUGGCUUGACGCGGUUGAGCGCGAGGUUGAGCGGCUUGCGCGCAUGCACUCCAUGAGCACGGAGCAUGCGUUUGUGGUGCGCUACCUGGACUGGAUGACGCUCAUGCCGUGGGGGGAGACCACGCGCGAGCGCUAUGACGUGGCGGAGGCGCGCAACAUCCUGGAGGAAGACCACUACGGCCUCGAGGAAGUCAAGGAGCGGCUGCUGGAGUUCAUUGCUGUGAGCCAGCUGAAGGGCACGACGCAGGGGCGCAUCCUGCUGCUGCACGGGCCCCCCGGGGUGGGCAAGACCAGCAUCGCCAAGAGCAUGGCGCGCGCACUCAACCGCAAGUUCCACCGCAUGAGCGUGGGCGGGCUGAACGACCCGGUUGAGUUCAAGGGGCACAACCGCACGUACGUGGGCAGCGAGCCGGGCAAGGUGGUGGGCGCGCUGAAGCAGGUGGGCGUCAUGAACCCGCUGGUGCUCAUCGACGAGGUGGACAAGAUGGCGCACGCCAACUACCGCGGCGACCCCGGUGCGGCGCUGCUCGAGAUCCUGGACCCCGAGCAGAACAAGGACUUCAAGGACCACUACAUGGAGGUCGGCCUCAACCUCUCGCAGGUGCUGUUUGUGUGCACCGCGAAUGACAUCAGCCAGAUCGCUCGGCCGCUGCUGGACCGCAUGGAGACAAUCGAGCUGUCGGGGUACUCGACCGCGGAGAAGGUGCACAUCGCCAAGCGCUUCCUGCUGCCCAAGAUCAAGGACAAGGUCGGCCUGGCGCCGGACCAGGUUGAGAUCACGGACGCCGUGCUGGAGGCGAUUGCCACCAAGUACACCUUCGAAGCGGGGUGCCGCGGCAUGGAGCGCCAGCUCGAGAAGAUCUGCAGAAAGAUUGCCCUGGAGCUGGUGGACGCCAGGCAGGCCAAGGAAGGGCGCACCACGCCUAGCACGCCCUUAGCCACGACGGACACUACCGCGAACCCAGGCGGCCUUCCGAAUGGAAGUACUCCCCCUGGGGUUAUGGAACAGGGCGAGCGAGGUGCGAGCAGCGGGGAGCAGGUGGUGGUUGAAGCAUCACGGGGGGAGGGCAGCGCACAGACAGCAGACGGGGGCGACAGCAGUACCUUUGUUGGAGGGCUUGACGUGAGAGAAAGCUUAAGAUUCGAGGGCAAUGGCGAGCACUUGAGUUCGAGGCAACUCGAAGCUGGCACGAGCGGGAGCUCGGUUUCUGAAACGGAAGCUUGGAACCUGGAAGGGCCACCAGGAAGCGAUGCCAAGUCGCCACUGAAUGGGGAGGCAGCUCGGGGCAGCAAUCAAAAGGCUGGGCGAAACGAACGGGGGGUGGGUACGGGUAAGAGUGCCGGUGCGAGCAUGGAGGUGCUGGAGACGUUACUGGACCGCAUGCGCGCCCGAGGGGAAGGAGCGGCGGCAGAGCACAAAGUGGGGGACGCAGGGAGGUCGGGGUGGCGACCGUGGGGGAACAAGAAGAGCGGCAGGAACGUGGGGAGUCCAGGGAUGGAAGUGGUGGUCACGGGUAACAAGGGGCCCACGCAAGGGCGCCAAGCUGACGCGCCAUCAAGCAGUACUGGAGGAGAGACUUCUGCUGCGGCGGUUCUGCGGGAAACGAGGCAAGCGACGCCUUCAAAAGAGGAGACACGCCAAGGUCUGGAAGUUGCAGGCAAUUCGGGAGGCGGGUUGAGUUCGGAGCUCGUCACGGCUGUGGUCGGGGAAAGAGGAAGAGCACAGGAGGAGGUUCCGGAGUUGGUGGUGGGCACAGCACAGCCGCUGGAUGCGCGCGCCACGGAAGCUGCCGGUGCGCGCGUCGAUCCGCAAUUUGCGGCGCGCGUGCGGACCCUCAAGUACCAGCUGCGCAAGCUGGACGAGGCAUUGCAGCGGUGGGACGCGCUCCGGCCAACCAACACGAAUCAGGCAGAAGACUUGACCGCGCUGCUGGCCAAUGCGGAGUUGCCCACGGGGGAGGGUGGCGAGCUGGACCUGCUGGAAGCGGAGCUGCAAAUGGUGGCGGAGGUGGAGGCGGGCGCGGGGCCGUCCGUGGACCACCCUGCGUGGCCGCUGACGCGCGCGGAGCUAGACGUGGAGCACCACGCACGCAAGGUGCGGCAGCUGCUGGGCAAGGACGACGUGGCCGUCAUGGCGGAGCUGAGCGGGAAGCCGCGGGAAACCGCGCUGUGGCUGCUCGCGAGGGAGGGGCAAGAAGACGUGGCGGACGAGACGGGUGAGGCGGACGAGGCGGGCGGUGAGCAGAACGAAGCAGCGGUGGCAGCAAUGGAGCAGGUGGCGAUUGCAGUGUGGGCGCGGGAGAAGCUGGAAGGGGUGCGCGGAGAGUGGGCGGAGUGCAGGGGCGACGAGCGGCACACGGUGGAGGCGGCACUGGGGGAGGUGGAGAUGCUGCUGCUCCAGUGGGGGCGCGCACUGGAGGGGCGGCCUGCGGCGGCGCAGGCACAGCUGGACGGCAUCAAGGCGGCAGUGGACGGCCAGGCGUGGGCGGCAGCCGCGGCACAGGAGGGGGGCCAGGGGGCCGCCGUAUUGCGACAGCACGCGGGAGCGGCCUUCCCGCAGGGCAAUGCUGAGGGGGUGGUAUUGCUGCGGUCCUGGUGGCGCGCUCUUGAACGGCACUGGCGAGCGGAGGUGGGCCGUUCGAAUGUGCGAGCUGGGGAGGAAAGCAGCAGCGGGGCGAUGGUGGGCGAGGGGGAAGCGAGGCCCGGCCUAGACAUGGUGCCCCGGGGCCUGUGGCAGAACCCUGAGUCGAAGGAUGCGCAGCGGGCAAUUCAAUCAUUUGUGAAGAGGCCCGGCGGGGGUCGGGGAGCGGCGCUGGAGGGGCGUGGGCGCGAGGUGGAGGCGAGCCUGUGGCCCGCGCUGCACGUGCUGCGCAACAUGUACUCGGGCCAGCUGCCGCCCAGCGCCGGCGUGGUGGCGGCCGCGCGGGAGAUGGUGCAGCGCGCAGCGGCGUACGCGGUGGCGGCGGACUCGGGCGAGCUGGAGGCGGAGACGCUGGUGGCGGAGUGGCUGGCGGCCGCAGUAGAGGCGCCACGCGUGGAGCCGCUGCAGCGCUUUGCGGACCUGCUGGGGCAGGCGGUCGCGGGGCAGCUCCCGCCCGAGCAGACGGACGACCUCAAGGCGGCAUUUGCGGGCUUCAAGGACGCCCUCGCAGAGUUCGGGCUGGCGACGGACUGGACCGCGCUCGAAACGGGGCCGGGGGUCGCCGUGCCCGCUGACCUGGACACGGACGGGCUGCUGGGGCUGCACGUGGCGGCGGUGCUGUACAACACGGCGGUGAACCCGGGGUGCCUGGAGGGGCUGACGUAUCCGCGCCUGACGCAGCAGCAAGGGGACGCCUGGAACCUGGCCUUCCUGCGCGAGCUCACGCCACUGCUGCUGCGGAACGAGGCGCUCUAUGUCUUUGAUGGGAGGAGCAUGAUCCUGCCGGACGGGUACAACAUGCGCUGGCCAGGCGAGGGGGCCACCCUGCGACCAGAGACGAUUGCGAGCCAGGGGCAGUCUACGGAGGCAACCAGCGGCGCAGCGGGGGCUGAGUUCGGAGUGGCGGGUUUGAGCACGGAGGAACAGCAGCAGCUGCGGGUGUGUGCGCGCGCGCAGCACUGGCUGGCCGUGCUGGAGGGGCCCUUCCGCACCUUGACUGCCUGGCCCGGCUACGGCGCGCAGGCAACGCGGCCGCGCAACCCCAACGAGGGCGCGCUGCUGCUGCACGGCUUCCUGCUGGCGGACCUGCAGCACAAGCGCACGCGCUACGCGCCACUCUUCGACAAGCUGGCAGCGCAAGGUUGUUCCUGGGGCACGGAGAUCGACGCGCGGCGUGCGCAAGACGUGGGCCGGCUGCUGGGCUUCUCGGGGCGGACCCCGCUGGAGUGGGCGCUCGUGUCGCGCAAGGUGCCGCUGCAAUGGAAGCCGACGCCGGGCGGCGCAGAGCCCCUGCUGCUCUACGAGGAGCCUGCCGUGCUGAAGCAACUUCAGGGCGGCACCGCGGAACUAGAGCGGGCACCGCCUGCCACCGACGCCCGCCCCCCUCUGUUCCCCCAUCUCCGACUGCCGACUCCGUCCCCAGGAGAGCUGGGCCGGGGGGCGCAGGCCGAGCUGACGCUCAAGUUUCUGGAGAGCGACAGCAGCGGUGCGUCCCGACAGAGCAUUCUGGAGGGCCACAAGAAGGCCGCAGACGCCGCAGCACACGCCCAGUACGCAGCGGUGCGCGCGGGGCAGCGCUCCCCGCGGGACGUGCUGCGCCUGCGGCUGGCGCUGAUGCACUCUGCCCAGGCGGCGUACGCAGUGGAGCGGAUGAAGGCGCCGCCCUCGGCGGAGCUGCACGACGGCCUCGAGCUGCUCGACCUGGACGUGGCCACGCGCGAUGCGCUUGGGGAACAGCCCCCCCUGCGGACCAGCGGGCAGCGGUGGCGCCUGGGGGACCCCCUGGAGGAGCUGUUCCCGGGACAGGCGCUGCCAGCGGCAGCUGAGGUGGACCUGGAGUUGGUGCGCGCCGCGACUGCCUUCUUUGAGCGCUGGCGCCUCUUCGAUGCGGCCGGGGGCUGGAAGCGGCAGGCGGACGAGGGGGCGCAGGCGGCGGCAGGCUUCCUGGAAGCGCUGCUGCACAUGAACACCGAGCGCGCCGUGCGCAGCACGCAGCCCGACGCGCUGUUCUCUCAGGCGCUGGACUCCCUCCAAGCCGCGCUGAUGCACAGCUUUGCGAAAACAGCCGGCCCACUGCGGGCAGUUGUCGAGGCGGUAUUUGGGAGCAGCCCGGGUCAGGGGGGGCUCCUCGGGGUGGUGGCGAAAGGAAAGAAGAACUUGCACGACGCGAAGGGGGCCGUGCUGCUCAAGGCGUGCCGGGCCGUACUGUGGUCUCCGGAAUUGUUCUACGGCCCCCUCCUCAACACCACCCGGGUCCUGCAGCUUCCUGCGGAGAGCUUUGGCGACGUGCGCGAGCAGCGGGCCCUGAGACAGCUCCUGUUUGACAACUACAGAAGGGCCGUCCCGGGACGCCUUCUGAACCGGGCGGAAGGGGGCGCCCUGGGCCCGUUGCUCCAGCUGAAGAAGCCGGCCCGCGGCCAGGAGGGGGCGAAGGCCACCCCCCAGGAGCGGGCCCGGGGCAACCCGCACGUGGAGGCGGAGCUGUACGAGCUGCUGUGGGCAUACCUGCGCGAGCGCACCGAGGCACCGCGGGCGGCCGAGCAGCAAGGGGGCCUGCAUCGUUGGUUUGAGGAGCGAUCAGAAGGAGUUUAUCCGAAGCUGAGUGCGGCGGACCUGGGUGUGCUCAACCCGCACGCAGCGCAGCCACCGACCGGCACCAUCGAGGCCCUGCAGCGUAGGCAGAGAGCCGCGCCCGUCCGCUGUGCCACCCCGCGCGUCAACCUGGUCGUGGAGGAGGACGGGCCGCAAAGCACGGGGACCAGGCUGGGCGACGAUGCACGCGGGGCGCCAGAGCGCGCAGAGGAGAGGCUGCCAGGCGGGAGUGGCAGAGAGAGGCACGGGUCGGCGGACAGGCAAGGGGAGACCCUCGACGUGGCGCCAGGAACGACAGGGCCCGUGAAGGACGCAGCCAGCGGGGCGUCGCGGCCGGAUGGUGGGGCGAGCGCGGCGGUGGGCGGCGAGGAGGCGGCGCUGCGCGUGGAGGCGGAGCGGACGGAAGUUGUGCUGGCGAGCACGCGCACGGUGGUGGGGCUGGACAAUUUGCGCAAGUACCUGGGGCGGCCCAAGUGGGGCAAGGAGCGCUGGUACGCGCAGACGCCCACCGGGGUCGUCAUGGGCCUCGUCACCACGCAGGCAGGCGGCCAGAUCGCGUACAUCGAGGCCAGUCUGAUCAGCAAGUCUGCCGGCAGCCGCGAGGGCAGCAUCUUGGCGACGGGCCAGAUGGGCGACGUGCUCAAGGAGAGCACCACCAUCGCGCACAGCGUGGCCGCGCGCGUCCUCGCCGCCAAGCAGCCGGACAACGCCUACUUCGACCACGCGCGCAUCCACGUGCACAUGCCCGAGGGCGCCACCCCCAAGGACGGGCCGUCCGCGGGGGUCACGCUCGUCACCGCGCUGCUCUCGCUCGCCAUGGACAAGCCGGUGCGGCCGAAUCUGUCGAUGACGGGCGAGAUCACGCUGGUGGGGCGUGUGCUGCCGGUAGGCGGCAUCAAGGAGAAGGUUUCGGCCGCGCGGCGCGCCGGCGUGCAGACGAUCAUCCUGCCCGCCGAGUGCGCACACGCGUGGGACGAGCUCGCGGACGACGUCACAGCGGGGUUGGAGGUGCACUUCGCGGAGACAUACGAGGACGUCUUCCGCGUCGCCUUCGACACCGGCGGGCAGCAGCCGGCCAGCGAGCAGGAAGGCGGCGACGCAGCAGAGCCCGCGCUGGAGGGCGCAGUCGUGGGGUAGGGGAGGAGCGAGGCGGAAUGUGAAAGUCGAAGCGUCGGAAGUUUGGGAGGUAAAGCGGCAGAUCCGGGACAUCCAUUGGCAAAUGCAGCAACGAUUUUGAGGUGUACGAUGCCCAGCUCAGGAACCAUCGACAUAAAGCUACGGUCUGUACAGAUUUUGAACAAAGUAGUGACAUGGCUAAAGGUGUUGAUGGAAGGUCCUCUUGUCAUUGAUAGCUCGUUAAAACGGAAGGAAGAAGUCAAGACCAAGGUCGG